ACGCUAAGGUUUGGGGUUGCGUCACCGUUUUAGAUGCCUGCUGCUGCAGGUAGCUGCAGUUGCUCACUAAACAGUACUCGAGAAGGAUAUUAACUGACCUAAGUUGUGUUUGUAAUCGGUUUGUUGACGAGUUUAACGUUAUGUUGUUGGUGAUGGUAUUGGCCUUGGUCGCGGGGUGUGGGGGCGUCCCUCCAAUCCUCAGAAGGAAGCUAGUUACAGCCACCAUACAUCCCGAAGAACCAAAGUUAGUCGAACACGAAAUUGAAGAAGUUAACGAAGUCGGACCUACUGACGGCUUGCGGAGGAACACCAGGCAGAUCUCUGGCGGCGUUGUUCAACCCCGGGGUUACCUCUUGUCAUCUGAAGAGGGGCCGUACUAUAGCCCCAACACUCCUACUGCUCUACCAGUACUUCGCCCAGUAGCCUCCAGCCCAUCUCUAGCCGCCCUGGAAAAGUCUCGUCACCCUGCUUCCUUGCAAGACUCGGAGGUGUCGCCGUACUGGGCGGACCCCGAAGGUAGAGAACCAAGCACGGCUCCUUACACGACUCCUAGCCACUUUAUUGCAGAACCCAACCAAUGCAGGAGAGUAGAGUCGUCGUGUAGUCGCAGCUACGGCUAUCGCUCCAUCACAGGCUACUGCAACAAUCUCCUCACACCAGAGUUUGGCAGUUCACGGCAGCCUAUGCCCCGGAUCCUUCCCCCUGUGUAUGAUGUUGCCUACAUGCGCACCCGCAGUGUGAGCGGAGGUCUACUGCCCAGCCCUCGUAUGGUGACCCUCGGGUUGAGGAACGCCCCGAGGAAGAGAUCGCACUCCCACCCGGUGCUCCUCAUGCAGAUAGGACAGUUAAUUGACCACGAUCUCGUGGUUAAUCAUAGGGUUCCAGUUAAUGGAGCAGAUUGUGGAGAUUGCAGCUCGUGGAGGUUCCCUGCCUGUGCUCCCAUCACACUGCCGCCUGACGAUGCCUUCCUGACCACGUUCGACCGUACUGGCAAACGAAGAUGCCUUCAAUUUAUCAGGAGUGCUGGAGUCUGGCAGCCGGACGGCACUGGAAGGUUUACACUUCAGCAGCUGAACUUCAACACGGCUUUCUUGGACUUGUCUUCGGUGUAUGGGAGCACCGCCUGCCGGCAGGAGCAGUUGAGGUUGAACUCUGCAGGACGCCUGAGAGAGACUCCGAGGGGCCUCCUACCUUUAGCUCCAGCAGAAAUGUUUGAAGACUGCCGGAUGCCGCAGGGAAAGUGUUUCCUUGGCGGGGAUGACAGAAGCAAUGAACACCUGUUGCUGCUAGUGAUCCACUCCCUCUUCCUCCGUGAACACAACAGACUCGCCACAAGACUAAACAGGAUCAAUAGUCACUGGGAUGAUGAGAGGCUUUAUCAGGAAGCGCGAAGAAUAAACAUCGCACAAUUUCAAAACAUUGUUUACAAAGAAUUUCUUCCCGUGCUUAUUGGAAGACGGAGAAUGGAAGAAUAUAAACUCCCGCCAAGAAGCAGUGGAUACUACCAGGAUUAUGAUGUCAAGGUUAAUCCUGGCGUAAUGAACGAGUUUGCGACGGCAGCCUUCAGGAUGGGUCACACAAUGAUCCCAGACGAUGUGAUGCUUCUGGACGGUCGUUACGGUCCCGUGGGCUCCAUACCCCUGGUACAGACCUUCCAGAACCCCUCGGCGGUGCUUGGGGAAGGUAAAUUUGAAGAGCUGUUGAGAGGGCUGAUUGGUACAAGAGUGAACGGUGUGGACAUGGCCAUCGUAGACUCGGUCACCAAUAGACUCUUCGAGCGUGUGGGUGUUCCCAGCUCUGGCCAGGAUCUCCUGGCUUUGAACAUUGCAAGAGGUCGUGAUCACGGGAUAGCGCCAUACCACGCCUACGCUUCAGCUUGUGGAAGGGAUAAAAUGGCUACUUUUGAAGACCUGAAGACACUCUUGCACAGAAAUAACUUGGAUGUUUUGAAAAGCAUAUAUUCUAGCAUACAGGAUGUAGACCUCAUUGUUGGGGGGCUGGCAGAAGAAUCUCUCCCAGGAGCCUUGUUGGGUCCAACAUUAUCCUGCAUCAUUGCGUACCAGUUUCUCAACUUGAAACGUGGAGACAGAUUUUGGUACGAAAAUGCUGAUUCAAGACUAUCGCACGAUCAGCUGCAGUCGAUCCGUCAGUCCUCGCUGGCGCGCGUAGUCUGCGACAACUUGGACGACAGGGCUGCUGUAGUACCAAGGAGAAUCUUCGAUAUCUAUGACGAAAUAAACGUCCCGCUUCCGUGCCACCGUCUACCUGGAACAAAUAUAGAACUAUGGACUGAAGACCCUUACCAGAAGGCGAAGGAGUGCGCGUUCCAGGAGAAACUAUACCCUGCCGGCAGACUUGUACCAGUGUCCCCAUGCAUGUACUGUGUGUGCCAACCCAGUGGCAAGCUGUGGUGUCAAACUCGCCUGGAUGGCUGCAGAGGUUGGUCAGACGAGUAUUGCAACAGGUACUGCGAUGGUCGCCAAGAGUGGAGUGGAUUCUUAACUUGAAACUUGGAAAGCUUCCCACUAAACCUGUAGUGGAGAAGGACCGACUUGAACCAAUGUAAAUUAUUCAAAGUUACCAGCCAGCUGGAAUUUUAGUGGAUUUUAUCUAAUUAUUUAAGCCCGUGAUUAUAUUGUUUAAAACCACCACAGUCUGUACAGAGUUUAUUGUAAAUACCACUUUAAUAAAUGACUUAAAACUC